AUGCGGCUAAAUAGCUGCUGGAUACGGAGGGUACACAGGGGAAUUGCACAGUCGAACUUAAGAUGUGUCUCUACCUUCGCCGCUCUUGUAAAGGUGCAAGAAGCCCUGAAAAGUUCGAAACCAUUUGCUGAUGAUGCCAAGGGUUUUGCAGAGUUCUUUCGAGUUCCAUGUCUUCCCGGCGUUGGGGCGCAGGAGAGCGUUCGCCGCCACUACGACCGAGUGCUCCGAGACCUCAAGCAACAAAAAGAUAGCUACGUCAUGCGACAACAAGGACAAGAUGAGCGUGUCAACGAGGAACUUCCAAUCUUUUUGGUCUCAUAUGAUACUGGAUCGAAAAACUUUUACCUCUUUUCGGUCGAGAAAGAUUGCAAUGCAGUCCGCUCUCCAGCUGAUGGUGAGUCAGACGUAUCAGGUUUGGCGGACGAACUAAUGCAAUACACACGCGGCAUGACACAAGCGAUUAUGAUUCCCAUUGUGGCCGACGAAGAGGAGCGGGGAGCUCUGGCCCCUCACCUGACGCGACUCAGCGGUGAACUGAAACGGUGUGGCAUCAUUCCUGUUCUCAGUGUUGAUAGCUUAGAAAUCAUAAAGACACUAGAUCCCCAGCAGUCGCCUGUUCGUAUCGUGACAAAAGGUCGCGGCAAGCAUGCGUCGGAGCCACUCACCGAAGAGUGGUUUCGCGCCCAUUGGGUACACCUGCGCACGCUCGUCUUCAAAUCCAGCGAGGAGGACCCCAUUAUUACUUUGAACCGCCUCGUCGCGCCACGGUUUACCAUAUAUGUUAUUCACCUGGUGCGCGCAGGUUCCCGCGGACUUAACGUGGCCCUUUAUGAGCCGCUUCAGAAAAAACGAUAUGGAGCAAAGGGGAUGCUUUCCGACGUUUUGGGCUGCCUCUUAGAGAGGCAAGCAAAGCAGGUGAUAUUUCUCCCAACGAACCGUACAGAUCGUCCCACAUUACUGCGAUGUCGUACCGCGCUCACAAAAAUGGGACGCACUUGUUACCUUGUCUUCCCAUCAGAGAUUGGGGAAAAGUAUCGUGGGGUAUAUCAGUCGGAUCCGGCCCGGUACUGGUCAUCGCUAUGUGAGGUAAAAGGUUCUCUCGACGCAGAUUUCAGCUUUGAAGUGUACGCAACUGUAGGAAAUAAUAUUCGCACCCAGCAGUACAAGCGAACGAGAGAAAAUUUACUAGAGAAGCAGGCUUCCUUAAGCAGCGAAAAUAACAUGCCGGCAGUAACAAACUCUGAGGUGGAGAAGUGGCUUCGUGUUCUUUCACUCGAUAAGCGUGUGUCAUGUGAAAAGGCACAAAUGCGCAAGUACAAAAAGUACCUUGUGAUUGCAUUCAUGGCGACGGAAUUUGCUGCAUACACUCGACCGGCAAACCCCCACGCACCUGCGAAUUAUGUGGUAGCUACUAGCAUUAUGGACUAUCAGCAACAGGUUGUGGAGCCAUGGACCAAGUACUCUUCCCGCGGGGAGUUCAAGCUACCCUCAUUGGAAGGGUUCGAUGUUAUUGUGUGUCACGAUGUUAAACACUUCGUGUUAUUGAUAUGGGACGAUCCCGAACUCCGACGUUUCUUAAAGCGUGGGGGAAGGGUGUGGUGCACGAUGUUCGCAGAAUACCUCCUCGACGCCCAGAGGUGUCAGUCUGGCAGCAAUAGCCUUCACGACGUGGCAAUGAAAUACGGCAUCCUCACACCACAGUCGUCGGUUUUGGGGCUCAGUACGCCAGACCUCCCCAUUGCAUUUAUUCAACACUACCUGGUAGCCGCAGUGGAUGCUAUAUCCCGUGUUUUUCAAGAACAACUCAAAAAGGCCUGUGGGAAUAGCCAAUUGAUUUGUGUCGCCCAUCGGAUGGAUUCGUUGCUAGCGAUGGCUUCCAUAGAGAAGGCUGGAAUUCACAUCGAUUCCAAGGAGGCAACUCUGCAGGCACAGGCGAUCCGUAAUCGGUUAUUGGCUAUCGACAAGUCUCUCUCUCUUUAUGCACCCGAUGAAAUACCACUUGACAUGCAACGGUUCUUCGACUGGACUUCCUUACAACACCUUCAGGCCUACUUCUUCGGUGGAAGCAUUACGUUGGGCUACACAGACAUUUCGCGUGAUUCCUCCACAUGGACCGCCCAUCUCAUUCAUCUCUGCCAUAAAUACGGCAACCUCGGGCUCAUGUCGGCAGAUGUGCACCUACAGCGGUUCGCUUCUGAAAGAGGGUUGCGGGGAGCUGGGCGUUUACCACAGCGUGUGGCACGAUUCUUUGAUGCGGACGGAAGCUCCCGGAGGCGCAAGUACAGACUAGUUGUAUUUGAUAUUGAAUCCACGGGAUUGAAUACAGCGACUGACGCCAUAAUUGAGGUUGCUGCAUUUGAUCCCGUGGAGGGGACGUCUUUUAGCUCAUUGGUAAAUCCGCAACGCCCCAUCCCGCCACAGUCUACCGCUAUCCAUCACAUAACCGACAGUAUGGUGCAGGGAGCUCCGCGUUUGUCAGAGGUUACACAAGCCUUUGCACGGUACUUGCGGCUGAGUGAAGGGCAGCGCGAUGAGGAUGAAGUUACAAUCCUCAUAGGUCACAAUGUUUUCGCCCUUGAUGAACCGCUCCUUCGCCGCGCUUUUCGGUCUGAAAGUGUGGAUACAGAGAACCUUCUCUUUUGUGAUUCGCUCACUAUACUUAAGGGUCUCAAGCAGGAACUGCAGGGGUCAAAGAAAGAUUCGAAGUUUGACAGAGGGGUGCUGGAUAUAUUGACCAACUCACUUCGUCUCUCUUCCCUCGUAGAAGGCUUGCGUGUAGAGGCCGACGGAGAACUUCACCGUGCCGACACGGAUGCGAAAAUGCUGUGGUUUGUUCUCGUUAACGCUUUCGGUAUCGGGGGAAAGGAUGCCGUCAAGCAGCGCGAUGAGGUGCUUAGCCAUGCUGUACGCACGCUGGUAUUGUACCCAGGUGUUGGGUGUUUUCUUCCGCAGGAGCGACGAAAGGAUUGCGUCACAGUUCAGUUACCUGGCGUAUGCUUCAAGGCGAUAAAAGAAAAACGAACCAUUGAACAGCUUCGCAAGCGCCACCUCGAUGAGGCAACAUUUGUCGUGUUACAGCGGCACAAGCUGGAGGUAGCGGGGCUUCUACUACAAAAGUUGCAAUUAGAGCGUGGCUCCGCAAAUUUUCUCCACUCGGGAACUGAUGGCCGGCUGUCCAUCCUUCAUAGUGACAAUAAGGUAAGACAGUAUAUUGAUCUUACCGCUACCACAACUUCACGCACAACGAGCUCCUACCCAAGCUGCCAAAAUAUCCCGAAGGACGACAAAUCUUCGCUACGCCACCUUUUUGUAUCAAGGUUUGGUGAGAAGGGCCGUUGCGUGGAAAUUGACUACUCGCAGCUGGAGAUUGUUGUUAUGGCUGUUCUCUGUGAGGACGAAAGGCUCGUUUCAGACCUAAACCAGGGGGUCGACUUCCACGUGAAACGCGCUUCGUUUUUCAGUGGAAUAUCCUAUGAUGAAAUCUAUAACGGAUACAAGCGUGGAGAGGCCAAAUUUCUCAAGCUACGUAAAGUGGCCAAGACUUUCUCGUUUCAGCGUUUGUAUGGUGCAGGCGUGCCGCUGCUUCACAAAACGACUGGUAUCCCCGUUCAGGAUCUUCAGGAAUGUAUACGCAGGGAAGAGGAAGAAUAUCCAGGUAUAUCGCGCUUCCACCGUCUCGCUCGGACGGUUGCUCUGCGGGCAAAUAAUCCCGGUCUGCCAACACACUUCAUUGUUGAGCUCCCUACAGGCCUACGCGUAUGUUACAAAACCCGAGAUGUAGUGCUCAACCUUCCUCCAGUGAAAAAUUACCCCAUUCAAAGCUUUGGUGCGGAACUUGCCCAAAUGAUGAUUGGGCGCGUAUUUCGUCAAUUCGUGCGCAAAAGUUUUUACGGCCAAAAAGCCUUUAUGAUAAACUUCGUACACGAUUCGCUUUGGCUCGACUGCCACAUGAGUGUCCUUGAGGAAUGUGUACACGAGACGCGCACCAUCAUGGAAGAAGUAGACACGUACGUGGCAAAGACAUUCCCAGGUGUUAAGUUGAAAGUUCCGCUGAAGGUUUCAGUGGACUGUGGCGUGGAUAUGUGUGCCAUGGAAUCCGUCAAGGAUGAUUUCAGCGCGCUCGCGUCACAGCAGCGAAGCAAAUCGUCAGAGUUAGAUGCACUUAUACCCGAACUUAGUAAGGAAGUUACUGACAGUGUAGAAAUUACGGUGUAA